GAGAGGGAGGUACCGGUAUCGAGAAUCAGAACUGGUUGUAGCUGUGUCCGGAAGUGAGUAAAGGAAGGUACUGUUUCUGGAUUGCGGCCGUGAGAAAGUGGCUGACGAUAGGACUCUCGCCUGACCACCUCAGCCUCGGGCUCUGUUCCAUGAUGCUCGUCUUCCCUUCCCUCGAAACUUGAAAGUCGAAGCUUGCUGAUCCCGAAGGCAAUAGGCGCAGUCCAGUUGCCAGCUUGAUUGGGGAGCUCUUUUUUGUAUAAAGUGUUGAGCAAGGAAUCUGCCGCGAUUGUUUGCAACACAGACAACGACAUCAGGUAAUUAAGCUUGUUCCGUGCGUUCUUCAGUUGUCUGCCUGCCGGUUGCUCAAUAAGUGGACCUCCUUUGAACGCAAACCCGAUGGCCGCCGUGAUGGUUGAAGAAGCGGCGGGUUUCAGCUUUGAUCUCUGUCGCAGAAACGCUUCACUAGAUAAGCUUGGGAUUAAGCCGCCAAACGUGAGGAAAACUGGCACAACAAUUGUGGGCGUCGUGUACAAGGAUGGGGUUGUCCUUGGGGCGGACACCCGCGCCACGGAGGGGGACAUUGUGUGCGACAAGAACUGCGAAAAGAUCCACUACAUCGCGCCCAACAUCUGGUGCUGCGGAGCGGGGACCGCAGCUGACACCGAGAACGUCACUGGCAUGAUCAGCUCGACUUUGGAGCUGCACCGAUACUCCACGGGGCGGCGGUCGCGGGUCGUCACGGCGCUCACCCUUCUGAAGGAGCACCUGUUCAAAUACCAAGGGCACGUGAGUGCCGCUCUGGUCCUGGGAGGUGUGGACAACACUGGGCCCCAUUUGCACACGGUUUACCCGCACGGCUCCACCGACACGCUGCCAUACGCUACGAUGGGUUCCGGGUCCCUUGCCGCCAUGGCCGUCUUCGAGGCCAAGUACAAGGAGAACCUGACGAGAGAGGAGGCGAUCGACCUGGUGGCGUCAGCGAUCAAGGCGGGGAUCUUCAACGACUUAGGGAGCGGGAGCAACGUGGACGUCUGCGUGAUUACAAAGGACGGCAAAGAGAUGCUGCGCAACUUCGAGACCCCGAACCCGCGGACGUACAACCGGAGCAAGGGCUAUGUCUUCCCCAGGGGCCACACCCCCGUUCUCUCAUCGAGUGUGAAGAAGCUCGGCGAUCUGGUGACUGUAGAAGACGCGUCUCCAGCAGCUGGGGAGUUGGAAGCCAUGGAAGUCGAUCAGAAGCCUUAGUGCUCCCUGUAGCCCGCUUCUAUUAUGUAAGAGCAUCUGACAAUCCAACUGAUCUCGUCCUGUUCGACUGCCGCAAUUGCCUUACAAGUCUGCAAUGCUCCGCUCAUAUUGUAUCGGGCGGAAUUUCAAAAUGCACAUGUUGAGUGACUUAGCGGUCCUGAAUUCGGCUUUAGUACGCCAUGG